AUGUGUCUCAGUCCGGAGGAGCCGGAUCCUGUGAGCACCGAAGAUCUCAGCCCGGUGAAAUCGUCCAGAUCUACUUCCAAUCAAGCUGCUUCCUUCAACUCUCACGCUUCGACGAGAUCCGACGAAGACUGGACGAAGAUCUCCGACCCCGCAGAGAGGCGACGAAUCCAGAAUCGGCGUGCUCAGCGCAAGUACCGCAAAAAGAAAAGAGAGGAAGACUUGAAGCGCAGUGCACAAUCACGUUGUGACAUCAUCGAACAGCCAGAGCCCCAUACUCAAUUAGCUACUACGCUGCUAGACCGAACGGAAGAAAACAAACCCCAAGGUAUAUGCGCGACUUGGCCAACCCCGAACGUGUACCGUGAUCCCUGGGGUCAGCAAUACACAAUAUCAUCCCCAGAGAGGGAGAGUACCUCGGUCGACUUUUUUCACAAUCCCCGUUUUCAAAACCUACCUGGCAACGAGGUGUCGCUGAGCAUAAUUGAUACUGGGGCUCACGAUUCACAACAGAUGGCACCUGGUAGUAGCGCCAACAAUGAAGGCAUUUUCGGCCAGUACUCGAGUCAGCC